AACUCUAUUCAGAAAACGCAGCCAAAACAGCAACAAACGACAGAGAUUCUUCCUCAACACAAUCGAAAAAAAAAAAGUUUCCGAUUCUAAAACCAGAACAACAAAAAAGUAAAACACACACGUCAUUUUAAAACAUUUCAUUUUUUUGUUUAUUUAUUUAAAGAGCGAGUGUUGUAACAAAUGGUGAAGCCGAAGAGCGUGGAGAAACCCGCAGAGGAACAACAACAACGAAGUGUUUCAUCGUACAGAGGAGUACGGAAGAGGAAGUGGGGGAAGUACGUGUCGGAAAUUAGGUUACCCAACAGCCGUCAAAGGAUUUGGUUGGGUUCCUAUGACAGCGCCGAGAAGGCGGCACGCGCGUUCGACGCUGCCAUGUUCUGCUUACGUGGCAGCGGCGCCAAAUUUAAUUUCCCGAGUGACCCACCCAACAUCGCCGGCGGGGGGAACAUGACCUCCUCCCAGAUUCAGAUCGCGGCGGCGCGUUUCGCCAAUUCGGAGCCCCGAAAUGAGCGUUCGGAUCAACCCGUGGAGUCUUUAACUUCGGAUGAGGAAACGGCAUCGUUUCCGGUCAUUUCGGAUACGGAUACAUCAUCUCCUCCUCUCUCAGACGUGACGUUCCAAAACGACGCCGAAUUAGUGACUGGGUCGUUCCCUGAUAUGUUUUCGGAUUUCGGGUCGGGCGAUUUUGUGCCCGAUUUCUCCGAUUUUCCGAGCUUCGACGAUUUCAGCCGGGACUUCUUCUUGCAUGAACUUCCGGGUUUCAAUUUCGGAGAAGAGAACUUGGAUGGAUUGAUAAUUCAGGACUCGUUCUUGUGGAAUUUCUAAGCGGGUCAGGGUUCGGAUAAUUUUAUUAUAUCCGAGCCCGAUAUCAGAAUCCGGAUCGGAUCCGGGUUUGGGUUGGGUCAAAUUUUGCGUGCCAAGCCCUCCAUGUGUUAGUAGUUAGUGAUGAUUAUAGUUUUUUUUUUUUAACGUACCAAGUAGUCAAAUGUUUCGAUUUUUUGGGAUGCGAAUCAUAAUUCAUUUAUUUGUCAUGACUUAUGUGAUUAAUUGUAAAGUCGUCUGCUGAAUGAUAGUGUAAUUUUUUUGGCCAUUCGUUCAAUUAUAAAAGGAUAAGAUAUUUUCGUCUGGA